UGAAAAACAAAGGCUCCGUCACCUCCAACCACUGCCCUAUUUCAGCCAACCCCCCGGUUUCCACCUCUGUAAACACACAUCGCCUACUUCCCUACACUCUACCCAUUCGCUCGAGCAAAACCAUCGCUAUGUCUCGACGAAACGGCGGCCCCAACGGCGCUGAGAAGGACAUCGCAGCACCGGUCAAAGACUUGACCAAACCCGAUCCGACUCAGGACAAGCAAGCAAGACUGCUGAACUCCGAUUCUGGUCACUUCUCUCUGAUCCGAGCCCUACAUCUGGCCGACUUCAUCACCGCCUUAAAUGGCUUCUGCGGAGUUAUGUCCGUGUUCUCGUCAAUGCGAUACUGUCUCGGCGAUCCACAUUCAUACACCAACAUCUAUGCCGCUCUCGGAUUCGUUCCUCUAGGCCUAUUCUUCGAUUUCAUGGAUGGCAAGGUCGCAAGGUGGCGGCAGAAGUCGUCCCUCAUGGGCCAGGAGCUGGACUCGCUGGCGGACCUGAUCUCCUUUGGUGUCGGGCCGGCUGCUGCUGCCUUUGCCAUAGGACUCCGCACUCCUGUUGACCAUGUCCUCCUAACCAUCUUCGUCCUAUGCGGGCUGCUCCGCCUCGCUCGCUUCAACGUGACGGUCACCGCUCUUCCCAAAGACGCAACCGGGAAAUCGAAAUAUUUCGAAGGCACGCCAAUUCCAACCUCUCUCUCGUUGGUCAGCCUCAUGGCAUACUGGGUAUCGCAAGGCUGGGUGUUGGAGAAUAUCCCCUACGGAACGGCGCUCACCGGUACUGCGUUCGAGUUCCACCCAGUUGUGGGUCUAUUCAUCGUGCAUGGCUGCUUGAUGGUAAGCAAGUCGCUCCACAUACCGAAACCGUAGGUUGGAGGCUGUAGCAGAGGCAAGGUGCACUCUUCCGCUUGCAUCGAACAAAUAGCAGGUCUGGGCCAUACAUGUUUGCUUCAGGGUCGGCCUAUAGAAAAGCGCAUGGCAUGAAUGGCGUGUUUAGCUUGGGAUGACUCGACUCUAGUGCGUGGCUUGAUUGAAUGCGAUGAUUUCUUUGGAAAGCUCGGUUCUACGGUUGGUCAAAAGCGUAUAGAGUAUCCGAGUAGGAUUUUGUGAGUGCGUGGGAGUAUAAGAAGCCAUAUGCAACACCCCAUCCCUUAAAUUUGGCUUGACAUAACGCGAGUACUUCGGUUUUUGUCGGUUUUGUGCCACGACUUAGUGCUUUCGUUUGUUUUCGAAGAUCUGGGGAAGUUAACGGGAGUUGACCCACACCUGAUGUUGCUGGGGCAUCCCAGAGAAUAUCAUCAGAAAAGAGACUGCUCUUCCGGCACUGUCUUUAAAUGCACAUUUCCCCGC